CAUAGUUGUAAAUGCAAGCGCCUGCUAUAGGUAGAUUUUAAGGGUUAAGAGAGGUACCUACAUCUAUGAAUUACUUCCGAACAGGUACCUGCCUGGUACUUACCUUAGGAGGUACCUAUACAGAGACAGCAGGCGCCUGCUCUCGACUAGAGAGACGCCUUCCUCGAGUUCUUAUACCUAGGUCAGGUGGGUGGGCACCUCGAUAACCCUGCUCCUUCCUUGAGACUUCUGUCUCCCAAUGGAAUGAAAAAUGAGUAGAGGGCUCGUCUUAUCUAGGGGAUAUUCUCCGUGCCCCAUUGUUCUCUCAUUGUACUCUCUCUUGACUAUCCUCCACCACCAACCAGGACCGCCUCAUCUAAAGCCCUCGAGAUGUCGACCCUCCACCCACCCGAGGCCUCCUCGCAGACCUCUCCAAACUCCUCCUCCUCAGCCUCCCCCCCAGCUUCUUCUCAGCCUCCUCGUGAUCCCCCAGGAGCUUCGCCAAAGCCAGACAACUGUCCUAUCUCCCAGAACCCCGGUCGCCAUUAUCGUCUCCUUCCCCACGCCGAAUGGGUCCAGUUCUGCCAUGCUGUUGGCGUGUUCAAGGACGAUGAAAGCGAGGAGGUUAUUCGCCAGACCAGUGGGAGAUGGCCUCCGAAAGGCUUCAGAGAUGGCCUGUACAGGGACGUCCUCACCGAGAAGACCAAGUCCAGCUUCUGGUUUCGCGGUGUGAGCAGCGUCCACUGGGCCAUCAUACUCCUUCAGAUUGUCAUAAGUGCCGUCUUGACCGCGCUCGGCUCUAUGCCGAUCAAGAACAGGGUAGCAAUCACUGCUACCGCAGCCGUCAACACGUGCCUAGGCGGAAUUCUUGCCCUGAUGCACAACAGCGGCCUGCCGGAUCGAUAUCGCUCGGAUGCGAACGAAUUCGACAAGGUCGAGGAACACCUCAGGUGUAUCGUUGAUACAGCCGUCGUGCCUGCAGACAAAGAUAUCAACGAAGUGAUUACGGGUUGUUUCGACAUGUUCCGGGACGCCAUGCAGACUGUCCAGAACAACGUGCCUGCCUCGUAUGUCACCGCUCCGGCGGGUGGCAACACGCCCGCCAGCCAGCCCGUAAAGAGCACGAGGUCGACGAAGUGAGGCCCGGCCAAUGGAAUGUGAUCGCUCCAUUCUACGACCAGAUAACUGGACCGAGUAUCCCGUAUGGCGCCGUUAUUGCCUAGGCGAGAGGAUAGAAGCUUCGCCGUUCCUUGUGGUGUUUAUAGCUCACGCAUCAAGUUUCGUCGGGAUCAUAAAGAGGCGGGAUCAGAUCCUAAAUCAAUCAUUCCUAGUCUAGGGUGAGAGAGGGGCCGAAGGUGUUGA